AUGACAAGCAAUAACCAAAACAAUCACGGACAGAUGCCUUUUUGGGACUUUGUCCAGUCUUUCGACCCUAACCACUCUCACCGGGCUGGUGCUGGUGUUGACCAUGCUCAGGCAGGUCCAUCUUUUGGGUCCGGAUUUCCUUUCGGAUCAGGAUCUUUCAACCCUUGGGAACACAUGGGUUGGGCCGGUCCCUGGGGAGGCCCUUGGACCGAGGGUCCAUGGGGCGGUCGCCGAGGGCGUGGACGCGGCAGACAUGAUCGACACCAUCACCGCGGUGGACCAGAAUCCGAUAGAGAAGAGGAAUCUGACGACCGCGAGUUCGAUAUGGCGGAUACGCCAGAGACAAUGAGAGAGGAUGGUCCGCCAGGACCCCCUCCACCUCACCCACCCGCUGAUGCUCCUCAACCACCACCUCACCCACCUCACCCAUCUCACCCGUCGCAUCCGCCACACCCACCACAUCCGCCGCACCCAUUCGGUCCUCAUCACCACGGACAUCACCGCCACGGAGGACCUGGCGGUGCAUUCCGCAGAGGCGGCCGUUGCGGUCGCGGAGGUGCCCGCGGCCGACACGGGCCUCCACCACCAUAUAAUGGACCAUUCGAUUUCCGGCCGCUCAUGGACGUUCUUGCAGCUCACCCACUGGCUCAGGGCCUGCGUGAGUUUGCCGAACAGGCUCGUGCCGGAGGUCAGGAAGCCUCGGGAGACGAGGCAGGCGAACAAGCCGACACUUUCGUCCCUCCUGUUGACGUCUUCAGCACUGAGAAGGCGUACGUGCUACACGUGUCACUGCCGGGAGCGGUGAAGGAAGAUGUCGGCGUUAAUUGGGAUGCUGAGAAGAGUCUCUUGAAUGUUGCUGGAGUCGUAUAUCGCCCAGGCAACGAGGAGUUCCUCCAGUCUCUGACUUCGAGCGAGCGCAAGGUUGGAAUGUUUGAGCGAAGUAUCAAGCUACCACCCGCAGGAUCAGACGAAAAGGAGGAAGUCGACGCUUUCAGCAUCACAGCCAAGAUGGAGAACGGGAUUCUCAUUGUGACCGUGCCAAAGGCUGAGAAGGAGUGGACUGAAGUCCACAAGAUCGACGUGGACUAG